AUGGUGUUCAAGGAGGUUAAUGACAAAGAAAAUAUAUCUAGAUAUGUAGAAACAGAAAAGAAUAGGUUGAUUUCAAAUCGAGAUCUUGUGCGACUAAAACUUGAAGCAACGGAUCAUAAAACGGAUAUGGUCAGUGAUGAUGUUUUUUUGUGGCUAAAAGAAACAGACUUACUCUUACAAGAGGUGGAGAAUCUCACUUUACAAGCAAGAAGACGACAAUGGAAAGAAUUUAGUAAAUUGCUUGGAAAAAUUACAACACUCAAUAGGAAGUGCGAAUUUGAGCCGUUUUCAAUUCCAAUUCCAAGUCUAGAGCACUUCUCUUCGGGGAAGAUUGUUUGUUUUGAGUCUAGAGAAAAGACUUCGGAUCAACUUUUAGUAGCACUGCAAGAUGAUAGUUGUUCUAUCAUUGGAUUGUAUGGUAGACAGGGAUCCGGUAAAACGACAUUGGCGAAAGCAAUGGGUGAGAAAGUUAAGUUUUUAAAGAUUUUUCAUGAGGUUUUAUUUGCCACUGUGUCCCAAAAUCUAAAUAUAAGAACAAUGCAAGAGGAAAUUGCUGAUUCGUUGAAUAUAAGCUUCGACAAAAACAGUGAAGCUGGAAGAACAAGAAGAAUAUUCUCCACAAUAGAAAGUAUGAAUCGUCCAGUUCUAGUUAUUUUUGAUGAUGUUCAAGUAAAAUUUGAUCCGGAGGAUGUUGGUAUUCCUUGUAACAGUAAUCGAUGCAAGAUCCUUUUGACGGCACGUUGCCAGCAAGAUUGUGAUUUGAUGUAUUGUCAAAGGGAUAUUCAACUUGGUCCCUUAUCUAAAGAGGAAGCUUGGACUUUGUUUGAAAAACAUUCGAGGAUUCAUGACGAGGAGUGCUCCUCUUCAUUUGACUUAUUGAAUGUGGCACGUGAAGUUGCUGUUGAAUGUGAAGGUGUGCCUAAAUUGAUUAAAGAUGUGGCAUCUUCCUUAAGAAGUAAACCAAUUGAUGAAUGGAAGGCAUCGCUAGAUAGUCUCAAACAUUCAAUGGCCAAAUGGCAAAUUUUUCUUAGUUUUAGAGGAACAGAUACGCGUUACGGUUUUACAGGUUCUCUUUAUCAAGCUUUACGUCAAGGUGGAUUCAAGACGUUUAUGGAUGAUGGAGGAUUGCAAACUGGAGAUCAAAUUUCACCAUCACUUUUAAAUGCCAUUGAAGCAUCGAGGCUUUCGAUUAUUGUUUUAUCUGAAAACUAUGCAAAUUCCACGUGGUGUCUUGAUGAACUUGUCAAGAUUCUUGAGUGUAAGAAACAAUUGGUUUGGCCAAUCUUUUACAAAGUGGAGCCAUCUGACAUAAGGCAUAUGAGAAAAUGUUAUGGAAAAGAUAUGGCUCAACAUGAAAAUAUGUUUGGAAUUAAUUCCGAGAGAGUACAAAAAUGGAAGUCAGCUUUAAUUGAAGUGUGUAAUUUGUCGGGAAAAGCUUAUACAACCGGGUAUGAAUAUGAAUUUAUUCAAAAGAUCGUAGAAGAUGCCAAUCACUUUAGAAGUCGUUUGCAAAUACGAACCAUAUAG